UAUUAUUUGAAAUGAUGCAUUUAAACCUCACAUGCCGUGGAGUUUCACACGAAAUUUAAAUGCGAUAUCUAUAAAAGCGAUGUAAUUUUCAGAAAUUGCAGUCUUUUAAUAUGUCAUUCGUUCGAAUAAAGAUGUAUAUACGAAUAGUGUUUGUUUUAGUUGUAACUGUGAGUUAUUGCCAUGGUUAUAUAUGUGACGCUAUACUAGUUAAGUUGCCACAAGGAACAAUUGACGGGAUAACUUCAAUAAGUGGUAAUGGCAAAGAAUACUAUUCGUUCCAAGAAAUACCAUAUGCAGCGCCACCUAUUGACAAAUUAAGAUUUAAAGAGCCUCAACCGCCUGCCCCGUGGACAGAUAUAAGAGAAACGUGUAUAAAUAAAAAAGUGUGUAUGCAAAAAAAUGAGAGUGCUCUCACGCAUGUACCUAGUGACAUGACAAUAUCCGAAGAUUGUUUGUACCUGAAUGUAUACACACCUCAAAAACCUGGAACGUCGGAACAACCAUUACCUGUUUUAUUUUACAUCCAUGGGGGUGGAUUUUUUUAUGGUUCUGGUGCUAAACAGUACCAUGAACCAAAGUAUUUUAUGGACUAUGACGUUGUUGUUGUGACUUUCAAUUACCGCUUGGGACCCUUCGGUUUUUUAACAACAGCUGAUGAUGUGAUACCAGGAAAUUUAGGGCUCAAAGACCAAUUAUAUGCACUGAAAUGGACAGUCGAGAAUAUUAAUCUAUUUGGAGGUGAUGCCGAUAAAAUUACUGUAGUUGGUGAGAGCGCAGGUGCUACAUCAGCUGGAUUUAUGCAGCUUAGUAAAAGAACUGAAGGACUAGCUAGGGCUUACAUCUUACAAAGUGGUUCGCCAGUUUCUCCUUUUGCGUAUCAAGACGCCCCAAGGGAAUAUGCUUUUAAAAUGGGGAAAUUAUUGGAUUCAAAUUUUAACUCUAACGAUUCUGUAGCACUUUUGAAUCUGCUAAUGGAUACACCAGCUGAGAAGAUACAAGCUGCACCUAUACAAAAUGUGGGGCAUACCAUAAAUCCUAUUGGAGCUUUAGCAAUUUGGUUGCCAGUAAUAGAGGACCCCACUUUUCCGAAUUCUUUCAUCACUGAACCAAUGGUGGAUUCACUUUUAUCUGGAAAUUAUAAUAAAGUACCUUUAAUGACUGGAACUACUUCUGAGGAAGCCGUAUACUUUUUACAAUUUCUAACGAAUGAACAGCUUGCAUAUUUUCAAAAUAUGCUAGACUCAAAUUUGAAUCUAACUGUUCAUCCAAGACUCAAUAUCAGUCCUGAACAGCUCUCACAAGCUGCUAAAGAAUAUAAGGAGGUAUAUACAAAAACUAAUUUCUCUGAUGACGCAGCAGCCUAUAUUAAGUAUAUCGGAGAAGAUGUUUUUAGUACACCCAACAUCCACCACGCAGCUCUUGUUUCGAAAAAAGCACCAGUCUACUUCUAUGAAUUUAGUUAUAGAGGACAAAUGGGAGUACAGGAUCUACCAGUUUUUCCAGGUGCAAAUAAUGUUGGUCAUACCGAAGAUCUUCACUACUUGUUUGGAGGAAUAGAGGGUGUAUCAGAACCAUUAUCUCAGUUUCCUGAUGAAGAUAGAAAAACUAUGAAAAAGAUGUUGACGCUUUGGACAAAUUUCGUGAAAACUUUAAAUCCCACUCCAGUCAAAGAUGAACUUCUCAAUAAUGUUUCCUGGCCUAUGAUGAAAUGUGGUGAACCUCUGAAUUUUUUGAGUAUUAAUAGAACUUUAGUACCUCUAGUCAAUCCCAAGUAUUACACAAAAGUGAAACAAGUUUUAGAUAAGUACGUUAAGCCGCCAUAUUAUAGACUGGAACUUUUGUUGAAUCAAAGAAUAUUAUUGGACGACCCAGAAAUCAUAGUGAUAUUUCCAAUGUUGGUCUUUCCAUUAUCCUUUGUGUUUAUAAUACUGUGUACCGAAAAUAUUGAAGGGUCAACAAUUGUAGAGUUGCCACAUGGAAAAAUUGCUGGACACAUUCUAAAAAGCGCUAAGAAUAAAAACUUCUAUGCUUUCCAAGAAAUUCCUUAUGCAGCUCCACCUGUAGGACCUAAUAGAUUCAAGGAACCGGAAGAACCAAUUCCUUGGGAACAUGUCUUAGAAACAAGCAAAAAUACAAAAGUGUGCAUGCAAGUAUCAACCGAUUAUCCAAAUUUGAACAUAACUGAGGACUGUUUAUAUUUGAACGUAUAUACUCCAGUGAAACCAACUAUGUCUAAUCAUUCAUUACCAGUUCUUUUAUGGAUACAUGGAGGACAAUUCAAAUUCGAAAGUGGUAUAUUAGAUCAAUAUGAUCCCAGAUAUCUAAUGGAUUAUGAUAUAGUCGUUGUGACAAUUAACUACCGCUUAGGAGUCUUAGGAUUUUUGUCAACAUCUGACGGUACAAUACCGGCUAAUUUAGGUAUAAAAGAUCAAUUGAAAGCCAUCAAAUGGGUCAGUCAAAAUAUUCAUCUAUUUGGUGGAGAUAACAACAAAAUUACCGCAAUGGGAACUAGUGCAGGUGCAAUGGCAAUCGGGUAUAUAAAUUUAAGUGAACAAGCAAAAGGAUUGUUGAAAGGUGUGAUUUUAACAAGUGGGUCUUCAAUUAGUCCAUGUUCUUAUCAGGAUAAACCAGAUCAUUUCGCUUUUAAAUUGGGCAAGGCGUUAGAUGUGAAUUUUAAUUCAAAUAAUACCAAAGAUUUACUUGAAUUGCUGCAUAAGUAUUCAGCUGAAGAAAUUAUAUCAGAAACUGUUUUCGAUGACAUCUACAAUAAUACAGUUUGUCCAAAUAUCAUUUGGAUACCUACAGUAGAGAACGAAAAAGACGAAAACGCUCUAGUGACAAAACCAAUGCUGGAAUCAAUUUCUAAUGGGAAUUUUGACAGAAUUCCAAUGAUGUUUGGAGUUGAUUCUGCAGAAGGACUUUCUUUCGUAAACGAUAUAAAAUCUCUCGAAAACAAAGCUAAAAAGAUCGAUAAUAAUAUAAGUUUGUUAUUAAACCCAAGAUUGUAUAUACCUCCUGAAGAACUAACUUUAGCUGGUGAAGAAUACAGAACUGUAUAUACACAAUCGAAGUUCCAGGAUGAUAUCGCUGCUUUGGUAAAGUAUAUGGGAGACGAAUGUUUUGUACUACCCACCCUUCAUCAUGCUGUACUGGCAUCAGCUUAUACACCUGCUUACUUUUAUCAGUUUUCUUAUGAAGGGUUCAUAGGAGAACAGCAUGUGCAUAUUUCAGGAAUUUCUGGUACCGGACAUGGAGAUGAAUUGAAAUAUAUUUUUCCUUCAAAACAAGAAAAAUUGGCUUAUAAAAAUUUCCCGAAAGAAGAUCAGUUAGUGAGACAACGCGUGCUCUUAUUAUUUACAAAUUUUGUGAAAUACCAGAAUCCAACUCCUUAUGUUGAUAACUUGCUACAAGGUGUAGUUUGGCCGCAAAUAAAGGAAAACAGUUUACAGUACUUAAAUGUGAAUAGUACUAUCGAAAUUCGACAAAAUUUAGAUAGAUAUUUACAACUGAGGAGCAUCUAUGAAAAAUACAGUCGAAAACCGUAUUUCAUUAUUUAA